GAGACGUCGACGAGGAACUGCCGGAGAAAGCUGCACGCUUCGGAGCGGGCUCAAGAUGGGCAGGCUGGGCUGCCUCGGUGGGGACUGUUUUAUUUACGCAACCAUGGCCUGUGGACUUCUCUUUUGGGUGCCGUUCAAACUGAAUAACAGACUCCGCGAAAUCUUCUUCGCGCGGUUCGCCUUUCCCGUGGGGAUGUACCUGCUGAGAGACCGAAUGAUCGGGGUUCGUCGGCAAGCGUUUUCCCAGCUAAACGACCUCGUGUCCCACGACGACACGCUCAAGAAGGAGGGCUCCAUCAGGGUCUUGGAGAUCGGUGCCGGCUUCGGCGCCAACUUGGAGCACAUGAAGCGGAAGGUGAAGUACUGGAACUUGGACCCCAACGCGGAGUACGCCGAAGGUUUCCGGGGAAACCUGAAGAAGAACCCGAACGUGGAAAUGGAGCGGUGGAUUCACGCCUAUGCCGAGGACAUGCGAGGGGUUCCCGACGGUCACUUCGACGUCGUGCUGGUCAGCUACGUGCUUUGCUCCGUGUCCGAUGUGGGAAAGGUCCUGACCGAGUGCAAAAGGGUGCUGUCGAAGGGCGGCAGGUUGAUGUUCGUCGAGCACGUGGCCCAUCCGGAAGGAAGCUGGGGCUUGGUCCUGCAAAGGCUUCUCGACCCGCUGUGGACUUUCACUUUCUGUGGAUGUCACGUGACCAGGAAGACUGGACUCACCUUGAAGAAUGCCGGUUUUGAACAGGUGGAGCUGAAUGAGGAGUUCUUGCCGAUACCUAUGGCACUCAGUCCCCAUGUGUACGGCUUUGCUAUUGCAGGCACAAACUGAUCGGGGCUACGUGUACGCCCGAUUAGACAUAGGUUGUCUUGUAGUUUUGUUAUGUAUAUGCUCUGCUUCAGCAGCUUCAGCUAUAGUUCGUUUUGCCGUAACUUGGCAAAAGGCGAAGGCUGGGGCCUUCUCGAGCCAAUCAGGGCCUCGGAGAAGAAGCGUGUGACAACUCUUACCAAAAAUACAGAAGCAAAGGCAUUUAGAAAAUAGGGUAAUUAGGAACUUCUCUAUAUCCUGGACAUUCCUACGUGCGUCAAAACUUGCUUUUGUGAACCUCAAAAAUUAGCUCGUCGCAUAAAAUUUGUAAAAAAGGGGGCCUUUCUCUUCCUCGUGCCCGUGGCUUCGACAGAAAUGUGAGCCACUGGUGAGAUAGAGUAUAGUGACGUGCCUCCCGCCGACGCGCUGAGUGGCUCACUGGAACCGUAGUCUUCUCCGUUGCCAACUAACGGUGAGGCUGGGUAUACCAUUUAUGUGGCGCGUAAAGGAGGCAUAGCAGGGAGUGUGUGUGUGUGCGUGCCUGGGGUGGAGGGGGGGGGGGAGCGUGAAAUAGGGAAAACCUUCUAAUGUCAAUCAAGGUUGCGAUGGCCGUGUAAAGAGGGUGUAUACAAUAUAAUCGCUUGCGUAGAUCUCUGUGCUUAUUUUCAAGAUUUACGGUUGUUAAGUGUUCGAAAGUGCUUCUUUGGCUCGUCGGAGCGUAAGGAGAGGCAAACCAAGCAAAGGGGCAGCACACGAGAACGCGCAUGGAAUGCGCAGUGACGAGGCAGCAAAGCGCGCGCCGUCGUUAGCUGAGGCCGGGGGAAACAAAGGCACGUGAGCGUAUCUCGAGGGUGCGACAAGAGCUGACGAACAUGGGGCGUAUUAGUCUGAAAAGUUUGCGACUUAUUUGUAAAACGAUGUUUAUAUCUUAUUCAAUAAACCCCUGAAACGGAA